GGACUCGAUAUACUAAAGGAGAGAUUAAGGGAGUGUACAGGAAUGAUGGAUAUCUUUCUUAUGAUUGAUAGCUCUGUUGUCUGAUUUUCAUUGGCUAACAGAGUUUAUAAAGCAAUGCUUCUAACUUUCUAAGAUGUGGUACUUUUGGAUGUAACUCUGCCAGCAUUCCAGAUUGUUGGCUCCCCAGCUGCUUGACUUGAUCAAAUAAAGUGCUGCUUGACCAAGAAGUCUCCGCUUGGGUUAUCUGGUUAGAUUGAUACGGUAUCUCAAGUUCAGAAAGAUUUGGUACAGAUCAACUCCAAGAUCCACACCAGGUUUCUGGAACGCUCAAAAAGGUAAUUUUGCAAAUAACCAUUGGCUGCGGAACCAAGGAGAGAUUCAGUUUGCAACAGAAAAGAGAAGAGAAAGCUGAAGAAUGGCAGGGAUCUGGGAAGUUCUCACUGCUCUGCUGGUGGGUUUUCUGAUCCUGGAUUUUGGAAAGCUUCUCUGGUCAAGCAGACGUUACCCUCCUGGUCCUCUUCCUUUUCCUUUCAUUGGUGGACUCUGGCAGACUGGGACCAAGUUGUCUAUAGAUAUGUUCACUAAGCUGAGGAAGAAAUAUGGAGACAUUUAUACUAUAUGGUUAUGGCGUAAACCGAUAGUAGUCAUUUCUGGAUUUCAUGCGAUGAAGGAAAGCGUGAUCAACCAUUCACAAGACUUUGCCGAUCGACCCCUUUCAAGUUUUCUUUUAAAAAUGAGUAAAGGUAAAGGGGUUUCAUUUUCAAACGGUCACAACUGGAGGCAGCAGAGACGUUUCACCCUCACUGCUCUACGCACGUUGGGAGUGGGGAAGAAAGACAUGGAGAGUAAAAUAGAACAGGUGACCCAUCAGCUGGUGGAGACCUUUGCACACACAAAAGGGCAGCCAAUUGAUCCUUUUCCAUUGGUCAUGAGUUCAGUCUGUAAUAUGGUUUGCCUUUUGACUUUGGGAUACUGCUUUUCUCCUGAAGACCCAAAGUUCCAGAUGAUAUUAGAAGACAUUAGCAAUUAUACAAAAUUUGGGGACUCUGUCUUCUUAUUGCUCAAUGAUUUGUUUCCGUGGCUAAUGGAACAUCUCCCGGGACCUCAUCAGAAGAUACAAGAGUUGAUUAAGAAAGAUUUAUUAAUUAUAAAGGAAGAGGCAGAGAAACACAGCCAAGGUUUGGCCCAGCGCCAGCCAAAGGAUAUCCUAGAUCUGUAUCUACUCGAGAUAGAAAAGAAACACGGUGAACCCAACUCUACCUUUGAUAAUGGAAACAUGGCUCAUAGCAUUCUGGAAUUGUUUUUUGCCGGGACAGAAACAACAGCAAGUUUUCUGCAAUGGGCUUUGUUCUUCAUGAUGGUAUAUCCAGAUAUCCAAGAUAAAGUCUACAAAGAAAUGGAAACUGUUUUGGGUUCCUGUGACUCAGUCUGUUAUGAAGAUCGGUGGAAGUUGCCUUACACUCACGCUGUGGUUCAGGAAAUUCUACGUUUAAAAUACGUCUUAUUGUUUAGUAUUCCCAGGCAAACAGUGACAAAUGUAAACACAUGUGGCCUUUUUAUUCCAAAGGGAACUUUCAUUCUCAUGGAUGUCUAUUCAGUUCUUCAUGAUCCCAAGCAAUGGGAGAAGCCUGAAGAAUUCAAUCCAAAUCAUUUUUUAGACAAGGAUGGGAAUUUUAUGAAGAGAGAAGAAUUUAUGCCAUUUGGAGCAGGGGCUCGUGUUUGUGUGGGGGAAACCUUAGCCAAGAUGGAAUCUUUCCUUUUCUUCACCAACCUGCUGAGGACCUUCAAAUUGCAGCAGCCAGAAGGCGCAGAAGAACCCAGUCAGGAACCGCUAAUAGGAGUUAUCUUACAUCCUCGGCCCUUUAAAAUCUGUGCUGUUCCUCGUAGUGGUCAUCCUAAAAUAGAUUAAAAUGAAUGUAGGAUGUCACUGAUGUGGCUUUUAAAAUGAUUUCUCAGUCAUUCCUUUUCCUUUCAUAGGAAGUUCUGCCUUAACUUGCUCUCUGCUCAAGCUUGUUCUGUCCUAAAGGUUGGACUAGAUGACAUACAAGGUCCCUUCCAACUAUCUAUCCUAUCCUAUCCUAUCCUAUCCUAUCCUAUCCUA